AUGGAAAAUCCAAUUUGCGUUUCAAAGGGCUUUAAUGACCUCCAAGCCUAUCUAAAUGAACAAUUGAGCCAGCGAAUAAUGUUCCUUGAUGGUGCCAUGGGUACUGUUAUUCAAGAAUUGCGUUUAACUGAACAAGACUUUCGGGGAGAGCUAUUUAAGAAUCAUCCUAAAGAUCUUAAGGGAAACAAUGACAUUCUAGUGUUGACGCAACCAGAAAAAAUUAAACAAAUUCACAUUCGUUAUCUGGAAGCAGGAUCAGACUUUGUCGAAACAAAUACUUUUAGUAGUACUUGUAUUAGUCAAGCUGACUAUGCUUGUGAAAAAGUUGCAUAUCAAUUAAAUAGAGAAUCUGCUAGGCUGGCUAAAGAAGCUUGUAUGGAGGUUACAGCAAGAGAUCCAACUAAACCAAGAUUUGUCUGUGGUGCGUUGGGUCCAACAAAUAGGACUUGUUCAAUUUCCCCCUCUGUUGAAAAUCCAGCAUAUCGUAAUGUUACAUUCGAUGAGCUUGUUGACGCAUAUACUGAACAAGUUAGAGGUCUUCUGGAUGGUGGCGCCGAUAUUUUAUUAGUGGAAACGAUUUUUGAUACUUUGAAUGCUAAAGCUGCCCUUUUUGCAAUUGACACACUCUUUGAAGAAGGCUCUUAUAAAAAAACUCCAAUAUUUAUUUCUGGUACUAUUGUCGAUCAGUCUGGCCGUACGCUCAGUGGUCAAACUGGUGAGGCCUUUGUAGUCAGUGUCAGUCACUCUCAUCCUUUGGCUAUCGGGUUGAAUUGUGCCUUAGGAGCCGAGCAAAUGCGCCCUUUUAUUCAAAAUAUUGCAAAUUUUACAAGCUCAUUCGUAAUUUGUUAUCCUAACGCGGGUCUUCCAAACACGUUUGGUGAAUAUGAUGAGUCUCCCUCAAUGAUGGCUGCGAAAGUUCAAGAAUUCGCUCGAGAUGGUUUAGUCAAUAUAAUGGGCGGUUGUUGUGGUACUACGCCCGCUCAUAUAAAGGCCAUCGUUGAUGCUUGUUCUCAUUACAGGCCUCGAGUUCUGCCACCUGAUGUUCGUUUGGAAAAUAUGAUAAUAUCCGGUCUUGAAGUCUUGAAAAUUAACAAAGAAUCCAACUUUGUUAAUUUAGGUGAAAGGUGUAAUGUAGCUGGUUCAAGAAAAUUUUGUCGUCAUAUUCUUAACGGUGAAUAUGAGGAGGCUAUGGCAAUUGCAAGAUCUCAAGUUGAAAAUGGUGCUCAAGUUAUAGAUGUUAAUAUGGAUGAAGGAAUGUUGGAUGGGAAAGCUGCGAUGACUAAAUUUUUGAAUUUAAUUUCUAGCGAUCCUGAUGUUGCUAAGGUUCCUAUUAUGGUAGACUCUUCAAAUUUUGAUGUUAUAUUGGCUGGAUUAAAAUGUGUACAAGGAAAGUGCAUAGUUAAUAGUAUCAGUUUGAAAGAAGGCGAAACUGAUUUUAUUAAAAAGGCAAAGAUUAUUCGAAGAUUUGGUGCCGCUGUUGUUUGUAUGGCUAUCUUGACAGAAAAAGUUGGAUUUAAUUCUAAUGAUAUUAUUUUUGAUCCGAAUAUCCUGACCAUUUGCACGGGUAUGGAAGAACAUAAUAAUUACGCUGUAGAAUUUAUAGAAGCAGCUAGAAUAAUAAAACAAACAUUACCUGGUGCAAAGGUCAGUGGCGGUAUUUCGAAUUUAUCAUUUUCUUUUCGUGGAAUGGACAAAAUCAGGGAAGCAAUGCAUAGUGUGUUUUUGUAUCAUGCAAUUAAAGCUGGUCUUGAUAUGGGAAUCGUAAAUGCAGGAUUCUUGACAAUUUAUGAUGAUAUCCCAAAAGACUUAUUACAGCUAUGCGAAGAUGCAGUAUGGAACAGAGAUCCUGAUGUAACUGAAAAGAUUUUAGUAUAUGCACAAAAGUUUGGAAAAGGUACCAAGAAAGAUGAUACUGAAGAAGAAUGGAGGAAGGUUGAUGUACAGUCUAGAAUUUCUUACGCCUUGGUUAAGGGUGUCGUAAAGUAUAUAAUCGAGGAUACUGAGGAAGCAAGACAACUGUUACCAAGGCCACUGGAUGUUAUUGAAGGGCCACUGAUGACUGGUAUGAGUACCGUUGGUGAUUUGUUUGGUGCAGGUAAAAUGUUUUUGCCUCAAGUGAUUAAAUCAGCACGUGUUAUGAAAAAAGCCGUUGCACAUUUAAUUCCAUUUAUGGAAGCCGAACGUCAAGCACAGUUUGCAGCUAACGGAAAUGAAGUAAUGGAUAUUGGUCCACAACAUGCUGGUGUAGUAGUCUUAGCUACAGUGAAAGGAGAUGUUCAUGAUAUUGGCAAAAACAUAGUUGGUGUCGUACUUGGUUGUAAUAAUUAUAAGGUUAUAGAUUUAGGCGUGAUGACUCCGUGCGAAAAAAUUAUUGAAACUGCUCUUAAUGAGAAAGCAGAUAUUAUUGGACUGUCAGGAUUGAUUACACCAUCCUUAGAUGAAAUGAUAAAUGUUGCUAAAGAAAUGGAAAGACGUGGCUUAAAUAUCCCAUUAUUGAUUGGCGGUGCAACGACAUCCAAGGCUCACACAGCUGUAAAAAUUUCACCAAAAUAUACUCAACCAACAAUUCAUGUAUUAGAUGCUUCAAAGAGUGUUGUUGUGGUAUCAAAUCUUUUAGAUGCCAAGUUGAAAGAAGACUUUUGGGAGGAUAUAGCAGAAGAAUACGAAGAAAUUCGUGAAGACCACUAUUCUUCGUUAAAAGAUAAAAAGCACCUGUCAUUAAAAGCUGCUAGGGAACAAGGAUUUAAGAUAAAUUGGAAAGCCCAAUCAUCACCAGUGAAGCCGUCGUUCAUUGGGAAGAGAGUGAUUAAUGAGUAUGAUUUGAAACGAAUUUCCAAGUAUAUUGACUGGAAUCCGUUUUUCCAAGUUUGGCAAUUGCGUGGAAGGUAUCCCAAUCGUGGUUUUCCAAAGAUUUUUAACGAUGAGCAUGUUGGCAAGUCGGAAGCAAAAAAAUUAUACGAAGAAGCGUUAGUUUUGAUUAAAAAGAUCAUUGAUGAAAAGUUGUUCGUUGCUAAGGGAAUUGUAGGACUUUACCCCGCCAAUAGUGUAGAUGAUGAUAUACAAGUUUAUGAGGAUGAAUCACGAUCUAAAGUCUCUGCAACGUUCUUUGGUUUGAGACAACAAUCUCAAAAAGAAACUGGCGAUCCAUACUUUUGCCUUUCCGAUUUUAUUGCGCCUAAGGAUUCUGGCAUAUCAGAUUAUUUAGGCUUAUUUGCUGUAGGAAUAUUUGGGGCAGAAGAAUUAUGCAAAAAAUUCCAGGAAGAUCACGAUGAUUAUAAUGUAAUAAUGACAAAAGCAAUCGCAGAUAGAUUUGCGGAAGGAUUUGCGGAAUGCUUACAUGAAGAUAUACGGAAAGAAUUAUGGGGAUUUAGUCCAAAUGAAGACUUAUCAUUAGGAGAUAUGUUAAGUGUGAAAUAUCAGGGAAUUCGACCUGCUCCUGCAUAUCCGUCACAACCUGAUCAUCGUGAAAAAACAACAAUGUGGAAAUUGAUGAACGUUUAUGAAGAAACUGGAAUUGAGUUGACGGAUGGACUAGCUAUGUUACCUGCAGCUAGCGUAUCAGCUUUGGUAUUCGCAAAUCCCGAAUCGCAGUAUUUCGCAGUUGGAAAAAUUGAAAAAGAUCAGGUUUUAAGCUAUACAGAGCGUAUCAAUAAGGAUUUGGAAGAAACUGAAAAGUGGCUACGUCCAAUUUUAAAUUAUGGGAACGAGUAUUUGUUGAUAUUAGUUAAUGAAACUAGCGAUAGACGUUUAUAA